AUGUCUGCCUACAAAAACAUCGCUGUCGCUGGUGCCGCAGGUGAUCUCGGCUCCGCAGUCUUCAAGGCCCUCAUCGACUCCAACAAAUUCAACCUCACAGUCCUAACCCGCGCCGGCUCAACUUCCAAAUUCCCCUCCGACAUCAAAGUCAUCCAAGUCGACUACGAUAACCUCGACUCUCUCACAUCCGCCCUCCAAGGCCAAGAUGCCGUCGUCUCAACCCUCGGCAGUCUCGCCAUCCCCAGCCAAACACUCCUCAUCGACGCCGCAGUAGCCGCUGGCGUCAAGCGCUUCCUCCCUUCUGAGUUUGGCUCCAACCUUGCCAUCCCCAGCGUUCGCAAGCUUCCUGUCUUCAAGACAAAGGUUGAUAUCGAGGAUAAGCUUACUGCUCUUGCGGCUGAGGGCAAGAUUAGCUAUACUUUUGUUUAUAACUCUGUUUUCCUUGACUGGGGCUUGAGCCAUGGCUUGUUCCUUGAUUUCAACAAGGCAGAGGCUACUCUCUGGGAUGGCGGUAACACUGAGUUCAGCGCAACCACUCUCGCUAGUGUUGGCCAAGCUGUCGUUGGUGUUCUGACACACCCUGCCGAGACCAAGGAUCGCGUUGUUUAUAUCCAGGACACCGUCGUCUCUCUGAAGAAGCUCCUCGACAUUGCCAAAGAGCUCAACCCCAGCAAGCAGUGGACUGUCAAGGAGGCCAAGAUCGACGAUGCUACUGCUGCUUCUGAUGCCAAUGUCGCAAAGGGUAUCUUUGACUGGCCCACUCUUGCUGCUUAUCUGUACAGGGCUAUCUUGGACCCCACUAGUGUUCCCAAGUUCCCCAAGCUUGAUAAUGAGCUGCUUGGUGUCAAGGGUGUUACCGAUGAGCAGGUCAAGGAACUUGUGAAGCCUUUUGUUCAGUAG